CUGGCUGCACAGUACAAAGCUCUUUUAGCUCUACACUUUCGUUUAAUAGCGCAACAAGUGUCUAUUGUUUUUUGCGGUUUUUCUAGUCUGCUCAAGUGAAAUCACAAUGGAGCGUUGGCAUAAUCGAGUCGCUGUAGUAACCGGUGCUAGCUCAGGCAUAGGCGCUGCCACAGUCAAGGACCUACUCAAGGCCAAUGUUGUUGUCGUGGGACUAGCACGUCGCCUGGAACGCAUGGAAGCAUACAAGGCUGAAUUGCCAGCCGACCAACAAAAACGUUUCCAUCCCUUUACGUGCGACGUUUCAUCCCAGGAAUCGGUCGAUAAGGCAUUCGAUUGGAUCAUUGAAAAAUUGGGUGGUGUUGAUAUCCUGGUGAAUAAUGCAGGCAUAUUUAAAAUGGGCCAGGCUGUUACCUUAGAUCCUGUGCAACUACAACAAAUGGUGCAAACGAAUGUGAUGGGCGUGGUCUAUUGUACACAGCGCGCUUUCAAAUCGAUGAAAGAACGCAACUACGAUGGACAUGUGGUGAUCAUCAAUAGCGUUUUGGGUCACGCUAUACCUGCUAAACCGAAUAGUGGUGCACCAGUAAUGAAUGUGUAUCCACCGACCAAGUUUGCAACAACCGCCAUUACGGAGGUAUAUCGCCAAGAGUUUAGGGGACUAAAAACAAAAAUCAAAAUCACGAGCGUUAGCCCCGGACUGACCGAUACCGAAAUUGUACCGGAUAAUAUUAAAACGGGUGAGCUUCCAAUUCUGAAGACCGAAGAUGUUACCAGCUGCAUUCUGUUCACUCUUUCUACGCCACCGCAUAUGCAGAUACACGAAAUUACUGUCAAACCAUUAUUGGGAGAGUAAAUAUGUAAUUAUACAUACAUACACACGAGUAUAAGUACAUAUGUAUUCUAUAAAUUAAACAUGAUGUCGAUUGGUGAAAUGUGUAUACAUAUGUAUUAUAUAGAAAACUUCAAAUAAAAAUGAUUUAAAAAUAAAA